GGAUUGUAUAAGUCAUUAUAAUAUGCUAUGCCUAAAUUUUAAUGAAACGCUUAGGGGUUUCACGGAUUGUGUGUCAAAAUAAUACACGGUUUCAUUCAACAUAUGGAAUAACACCGCUUACGCAUAAGCAAAUGCAAGUACGUUUUGGAAAUCCAAACAAAGAGAUUAGGGACCAGCAGACGCUUCUAAAAUUGACAGAGUUGCAAAUGUCCAAAUGGCGACUUAAUAAGUGGAAUUUUCGGGUUCCAUUGCUAAUCGAUGGUGAACAAAAAAGGCAACUAUUCUUGCAAUUAGAUAUCCUAAAAAGUUUAUGUAUCGAGCAAAUGAAACAGAAUGAAGCAGUCGAAAAUGAUAUUAAACUCGUUUCUUCUUUAACAGGAAUUUCCCCAAAUUUAGUUCAACAAAAAAAUCGUGCUUGGUUGCAUGAAGAAGCUGCGAAACUUCGCUGGAUGGGUGAGUUAAACAAGGCCAAGGAUCUUCGUGAUGCCUUUUUACGACUUGAGGUAUAUGGUUCAUCUGACCAUCGACUUUUGGAGCGGCUUUGUUGUGUCUAUGGACUUGGGAUGCUUGGUACAUUUGAAAAGGCAUUCUCCAAUCUUAUUACUGAAAAAAAUGCCACUGGUGAACUAUACGUAGAUGAGGGUAAUCCGUUUACAGAGUUACUACAAUAUAUUAUGACUCGUUUUCCUCAUUUUGACAUAAUUUAUGAUUUUCUUGGAUUUAAUCCUGUUAGCGGUUAUCGUGCUUCAUUAAGCCGUUUUUUGACUAGUUUAUUCCAAGCAAAGUAUAUCAAUGAAAAAAAUAUGACAUCAGGAAGAAUUCUUUUUCACAAUCCUCAUCGGAAGGAAAUUUUGUUCGAUUAUGGUGAUAGUAAAAAUACAAUUGGCUUUAAUGACUCCAUUUUCGGGCUUCCUGAUUUUCUUUACAUAAAAAAUAUGGAUUUUUAUUUGAUCAUUAUCGCUUCAAAUAAUCACUGGUUGCGUAAUCGGCAGGUUCCACACAGAAAACAACUGGAAGGAAUUGCACGAAGAGGAAGCUUUGUUUUUGGGAUUCCUAUAGACAAAGUACGAAUUAAAAACCUCUUACUUCCUCCAUAUUAUUUGGACAAUGCCUCUUUGUUACGUUUAGUUGAUAUUAUUCUUGAUCUUUCGAAGGAAAAGCAAAAAGAACUUAUUCCAUGGCUUUCAUUGUAUGAUAAAAAACUUGACCCCAAGGACAUUGAUUAUUGUGAAUUAUCAACGACUGUCAAUGAAGAGGAAUGGCUUACUUUGUAAGUUUUUGUUUCAAUUUUAUCGUUUGAAGACUAUCGAAUGCUUUGGUAUUCAAUACACUUCAAAUAUAUAUUUACUCAAAUAAA